CGCUUAGGCUUUUACUGCGAACCAUCCGACUCCGUGGUGUGCGUCGACCUGACCACAACGACUACAACCGCCGACAACAACGAUACCCGAGGGAUAUCCUAGAGCAUAGCUCUUUUUUCAGCUGGAUAUUUGCCUUGAGAGACGGUGAAAGAGCAGGAUGUCCUCCUUCGAGCCGGUUGUCGUCAUUGACGGCAAGGGACACCUCCUUGGUCGCCUGGCCAGCACCGUGGCAAAGCAGCUGCUCGCUGGUCAGAAGAUCGUCGUCGUGAGAUGUGAAGCCCUCAACAUCUCUGGCGAGUUCUUCCGCGCUAAGCUGAAGUACCACGCCUACCUCCGCAAGAUGACCCGUUACAACCCUACCCGAGGAGGUCCCUUCCACUUCCGUGCCCCGUCCCGCAUCUUCUACAAGACUGUCCGUGGCAUGAUUCCCCACAAGACCGCCCGUGGUGCUGCCGCCAUGGAGAGACUUAAGGUCUUCGAGGGUGUCCCUGCCCCCUACGACAAGAAGAAGCGUGUCGUCGUUCCCCAGGCUCUGCGUAUCCUCAGACUCAAGCCCGGCCGCAAGUACUGCACUGUUGGCAGACUGAGCCACGAGGUUGGCUGGAAGUACCAGGACGUUGUUGCCAGACUCGAGGAGCGGAGAAAGGUCAAGGGUGCUGCAUACUACGAGCGCAAGAAGGCUGCCCGCAGACAGCUCGUCUCCGCGCAGAACUCUGCGAACGUCGACGAGAAGACCAAGAGCCAGCUGGCCGAGUACGGCUACUAGAUACCUCGCGGCGUGGUUGGUUGUUUGCGUUAUUGAUGAAAUGAGCGGAAUCGCGAACGGGUUUCAUAGCGGAUUGAACAGCUAGCAGAUCGACCUUUUUCCCCAAUGUCCCGACCUGAUCAUGAAUAUCUAUGAUGCUGCGAUGGAGACGGAGGCCAAACGGAUUAAUUUCUGCGCGGAGUCACCAGGGAUGAAAGGUUGUUUCAGAAUAGCGCACCGUUAUUACGCACCGUCGCGGUUAAUCCAAAAGAAUUUCCGUGCUUCAGGACGGCCUCCAAUGAAUGUCUCUCCAAGUUUAGACCGCAUGUUUGUCUUAAUUGCCGGUCCUAUCUCGUAAUACUUGCGGUGCCAGUGGUAUUUGAAGUGUCCCUUAAAGCGGUAGCCGGUUAAGCCUUGCGGCUUGAAUCUGCGUUAUCCGGGCUACAGUCGGCGCAACUGUGAUAGUAAAAAGUCGCCGAAGACCC